AUGCAAUCGUCGCAUCGCCUCUUGUCUCGUCUCCUUCAUUCUCCAGGGAAGGGUUACAGCAGAGCAAGUGCCGGCGGCGGCUCACUUCACUUAUUGCUGCAAUUCGAUGAGAAACACGAUGGAGCUCUGGAAACUCAUCGGAGUUUCAGCUCUCUUAUCCGUUCCAAUCCGCAGCUAAGAGGGUUUCUCUCCUCGAGAGGUCUUGGCGUGCGAUGUUCUGUUACGGUCGAUAGAGACACUCCUCCUUUAAUUGAUUCGUAUUCCUCUCACCGGCAUUUCUUCACUCGGGCGAAACAAGUGAAGAGAAUUGAGAUCAAUGAUCAACAUAGUCAAAGAGCUGUCACUACUGCUCUAUGGUGCAACUUCCUUGUGUUUUCGCUGAAGUUUGGGGUUUGGUGGACAAGUUCUAGCCAUGUCAUCAUGGCUGAAGUAGUUCACUCCGUCGCUGAUUUCGCUAACCAGGCACUUCUUGCUUAUGGGCUCAGUAGCUCAAGGCGUGCACCAGAUGCACUUCAUCCCUAUGGCUACUCAAAGGAAAGAUUUGUAUGGUCUUUGAUAUCUGCUGUUGGCAUUUUUUGCCUUGGUUCUGGUGCUACCAUAGUUAAUGGAGUACAGAACUUGUGGACUUCUCAGCCACCUCCAAAUAUGGAAUAUGCUGCUUUGGUGAUCGGUGGUUCUUUUAUAAUCGAAGGUGCUUCACUUCUAGUCGCAAUUCAAUCUGUCAAAAAAGGAGCUGCACAAGAAGGCAUGACCGUAAGAGAUUAUAUAUGGCGUGGUCAUGAUCCUACUUCGGUCGCUGUUAUGACUGAGGAUGGCGCUGCAGUGACAGGUUUGGCAAUUGCUGCGGCAUCUCUUGUUGCUGUAAAGGUGACAGGAAACCCUAUCUAUGAUCCUAUUGGAUCGAUUGUAGUCGGGAAUUUACUUGGAAUGGUGGCUAUAUUUCUCAUUCAACGGAACCGACAUGCCUUGAUUGGAAGAGCAAUGGAUGAUCAAGACAUGCGUAAAGUUCUUCAUUUUUUAAAGAACGACUCGGUUGUAGAUGCUUUAUAUGAUUGCAAAAGUGAAGUGAUUGGUCCUGGAUCCUUCAGAUUUAAAGCUGAAAUAGAUUUCAACGGACAAAUUGUUGUCCAAAACUAUCUGAAGAGAACUGGGCGUGAAGAAUGGGCGAAACAGUUUCGGGAAGCUGCAAAGAUAGGAGAUGAUUCUGCAAUGCUCAAGAUUAUGUCAAACUACGGUGAGGAAGUUGUCACAGCUUUAGGAAGCGAAGUAGACCGGUUAGAGAAAGAGAUCCAAGAGCUUGUCCCUGGAAUCCAGCACGUGGACAUCGAAGCGCACAAUCCCAUUGACCAAACUCUAUUAUCUGAUAAACUUGAUAGUUUCAAGAUCUGA